AUGCUCUUCACCACCAUCCUUGCCUCCACCAUCGCCCUGGGCAUGGGCGUCUCCGCAGCGCCUACGCCCGUCGGCAACACGCGCUUGGUGCAGCUCCGGCUCUUCGGCGAAUCCGGCUGCUCGGCCCUAAACCAGGGCGAGCUGGGCGUGUACGGCGACCGCAUCAACCAGUGCCAGACCUUCCCCGGCCCUACCACCAUCAAGUCCGUGAGCUUCGAGUACAAGUACCAGGCAAACUGUACCGUGGCUGUUUACAAUGACGUCACCUGCAGCGUCAAUCGCCAGCAAGUCGAGGUGAAGACCUGUCUUUCCGGCGAUGAGCAGUACGGCAGCUAUAUUGUCGAGUGUCCCUCCCUUGCCUAA